UCGGGAGGUAAUUACAGGUGAAUAUAUUGAUAAAAGUUCCCUUGUCCAAGAGAGAUUUCCAUGAUUAUCAAAACGUCACGCCAGGUGAGGAGGAUGUCUAAGCCCCAGAAUGGUGAGCCAGGCAGCCCAGCAGGAGUCCCAGCAGCAGAUGAUCCAGAGGUGAUGUUCCAGGUGCCUGGUCCAACCGUCUCCUUCUCCAGACUACACUACUCUGUCAUGGAGAGCAAUGGACUCUGCCACAAGAGAGGACCUGAGAAACACAUCCUCAAAGACGUCAGCGGCAUCAUGAGACCAGGGAUGAACGCCAUCAUGGGGCCAACAGGAAGUGGAAAAACAUCUCUCCUGGAUGUGAUAGCGGGUCGUAAGGACCCAGCAGGGUUGAAGUUUGGUCAGGUUCUGGUCGAUGGGAAGAUGGUGGACUCUGACCNUAGGUUCGUUAUUACUUACAUUGUCAAAGAUGAUAUAUUGAUGGGAACCCUGUCAGUGAGAGAGAACUUGUUGUUCAGUGUGAACCUGAGACUAGACCCCAGACAUUAUUCGACAGCUGACAAACAGCAGAGAGUAGACAGCAUCAUAGAAGACCUGGGACUACAGGACUGUGCCCACACCAAGAUAGGAACAGAGUUCCUGCGUGGUGUGUCUGGGGGAGAGAGGAAGAGGUGCAGCAUCGGUAUGGAGCUCAUUACUUCUCCUUCUCUCCUGUUCCUGGAUGAACCCACCACUGGUCUGGACUCUAACACUGCUAACCAUAUCAUCACCCUACUGCAAAGGCUGUCUAGAAGAGGUAAGACUAUCAUCUUCUCCAUCCAUCAGCCUCGUUACUCAAUCUUCAGCCGCUUUGACCACCUGACCCUGAUGCACCGUGGAGAGUUGGUUUACUCUGGAGCUGCCGAGAAGGCCCUGAGCUACUUCACUGACUUGGGGUAUCACUGUGAGCCGUUCAACAACCCAUCUGACUUCUUCCUAGACAUCACUAACGGAGAGGCUCAGUCUACACUGGACAUCACUUCAUUUAACUAUGAUGGUAAGGAGAACUGUGACAACAGCAACGUUCUGGCAGUGAGCUACAGACAGUCGACUCAGUACCAGAGGGUGGUGGAGGAGCUGGACCAUUUGACCCCGGGUCUGGAGGGAGGGGUCGGAGGUCAGGGACAGAAGGCUGACUACGUCACCUCCUUCUGGUACCAGAUGAGGAUCGUGAGUGGUCGUACGGUGAAGAACUCUCUCAGGAACCCCCAGACAUCGUAUGCUCAGCUGGCCCUCAACAUCUUCUUCGCUCUGCUGGUCGGCCUCAUCUACUACCAGAUCCCCCUGACUCUACCUGAGGCCCUACAGAACAGGUACCUGUCUGUCUGCCUGUCUGUCUGUCUGUCUGUCUGCCUCAUCUACUACCAGAUCCCCCUGACUCUACCUGAGGCCCUACAGAACAGGAUGGGAGCAUUCUUUUUCCUCAUCAUCAACAUGGUGUUUGGGAAUCUUUCAGCUGUGGAACUCUUCAUCAAUGAGAGAGCUCUUUUCAUCCAUGAGAACUCUAGUGGGUACUACCGUACGUCCGUCUACUUCCUGUCUAAGAUAUUCGCUGACCUCAUCCCCAACCGCAUUGUACCUAUCCUCGUCUUCUCAGCCAUCGCCUACUAUAUGAUGGGUCUGAAGCCAGCCUUCACAGCGUUCCUUCUCUUUACGCUGACGAUGUCCCUGGUCAGUCUAGCUGGGGUCAGUCUAGCGUUCCUGGUCUCAGCCUCUGUCUCUUCCUUCGCUAUGGCCAACGUCCUCAUCGCCCUGCCUUUCGUCUUCAUGAUGGUGUUUGGAGGGUUCCUGGUCAACCUUAACUCCAUGUUGUCCUGGUUGUCAUGGCUGAAAUGGAUCAGCAUCUUCCGCUACGGACUAGAGGCUGUGACCAUUAAUGAGUUUAAAGGACAGAUAUUCUACAGCAACACAACCAUUCUUCCAGGGGAGGUGUACCUGGAGACCCAGGGAAUAGACCACAGCACCUGGGGUUUCUGGCAGAACCACGUAGCUCUGGCUGGGAUCAUUACGGUGUGUAUGGUCUUGGCCUACAUACAGCUCCGACGGAUCAACCGCUGGAAGUAACACAGUAGAAUCAGAUCUAAAACCAGAUGAAACUACACCUUCUGGAACAACAGGGACUGUGAAGAGACAAGACACAUGCUCCUCUCCACUCUAGUACAUUGUAAUAUGGUUGUACUGUACAUUUUGUGUUGUAGACAUGUAGUGGUGUAGUAAUGUUAUAUGAUGUGCCUGUUGAUCUUGUUUUUUGGUGCCUUAAUAAAGUCCUGUCUAUGCCGGGGUUCUACUGAA